UGGAUGCUGACGAAGGCUUGUGAAGCUGAGAAGACAAAUUGCCCUCAUCAUUAUCUCCAGGCUUGUCAAUCAUACAUAUUUGCCUAUUUACCUCUGAGAGGCAGAGCACGCUAGGAACGAAGAGAAAAACCAGAAAGUGUGCUCUCAAGAGAGGAGAGGUGUUUGUGUAGAACUUCACUCCAGGGGAGGCAGACACCACCAUCCAGGAUGGCAACCAUCACCUGCACCCGGUUCACAGAAGAAUAUCAGCUCUUUGAAGAGCUGGGAAAAGGAGCUUUCUCAAUUGUCAGGAGGUGUGUGAAGGUGUUAUCGGGACAAGAGUAUGCUGCCAAGAUUAUAAACACCAAGAAACUCUCAGCUCGAGAUCACCAGAAGCUGGAACGUGAGGCUCGGAUCUGCCGUCUCCUGAAGCAUCCAAAUAUAGUGAGACUCCAUGACAGCAUAUCAGAAGAGGCACACCACUAUCUGAUAUUUGACCUGGUCACCGGUGGGGAGCUGUUUGAGGAUAUUGUAGCCAGAGAAUUCUACAGUGAAGCAGAUGCCAGCCACUGCAUCCAGCAGAUCCUGGAAGCUGUUUUACAUUGCCAUCAGAUGGGUGUAGUGCAUCGAGAUUUAAAGCCAGAGAACCUUCUCCUGGCAUCCAAGCUGAAGGGAGCUGCUGUUAAAUUGGCUGACUUUGGCCUUGCCAUUGAAGUGGAGGGAGAGCAGCAAGCUUGGUUUGGUUUUGCAGGCACUCCAGGUUACCUUUCUCCAGAAGUUCUCCGAAAAGACCCUUAUGGCAAAGCCGUGGACUUGUGGGCAUGUGGAGUUAUUCUCUAUAUUCUACUGGUUGGCUAUCCACCUUUCUGGGAUGAAGAUCAACACCGGCUAUACCAGCAGAUCAAAGCUGGAGCUUAUGAUUUUCCUUCCCCUGAGUGGGAUACUGUCACUCCUGAAGCAAAAGAUCUCAUCAAUAAAAUGUUGACAAUCAACCCAUCCAAACGUAUCACUGCAGCAGAAGCUCUGAAGCACCCCUGGAUAUCACACCGCUCCACUGUGGCUUCAUGCAUGCACAGGCAGGAGACCGUGGAUUGCUUGAAGAAGUUCAAUGCCAGAAGGAAGCUAAAGGGCGCGAUCCUCACUACCAUGCUUGCAACCCGCAAUUUUUCUGGAGGGAAAAGUGGCGGCAACAAGAAGAAUGAUGGUGUGAAGAAAAGAAAGUCCAGUUCCAGCGUUCAGUUAAUGGAAUCGUCAGAGAGCACAAACACUACCAUUGAAGAUGAAGACACCAAAGUACGAAAACAGGAAAUAAUUAAGGUGACGGAGCAGCUGAUCGAAGCAAUAAGCAAUGGGGAUUUUGAGUCCUACACAAAGAUGUGUGACCCUGGGAUGACCGCUUUUGAACCAGAAGCUCUAGGGAACCUGGUGGAAGGGCUGGAGUUCCAUCGCUUUUACUUUGAGAACUUGUGGUCCAGAAACAGCAAGCCUGUGCACACUACUAUCCUGAACCCGCACAUCCACUUAAUGGGAGAUGAGUCUGCCUGCAUUGCUUAUAUCCGUAUCACACAGUACGUUGACACAAGUGGAAUCCCUCGCACCGCACAGUCUGAGGAAACUCGAAUCUGGCACCGCCGGGAUGGCAAAUGGCAAAUUGUUCACUUCCACAGAUCUGGAGCACCUUCUGUUUUACCACACUGAAGCAUUCGGUGCUCAGGCCAAGUUUCAUACUGCCUCACUAUCAAGGGAAGACCCCUGCUAUCCUUCGUCUAAGGAACUUGGCUGCUGUCUCUACUGCUUGAUUCUUGCUGGGAUUCCUUUCACACAGAGCUCCUCACAAGUAAUCCAAUGAGAAUUUCAUGGACUUUUCUCUUUCUGUUUCACAUGCUCCGUGUUUGCUGCUUUGUGCCAGCCUAGUACAAUAGGGCAUCUGCCUGGCCCACAUCUGCAUGAAAAAGCUUUCUGUGUAAAAGAAGAAACCAAGAGAAAUAGCCUGAGUGUACAGCCUUCCAUCACCAUCACUGACCUUAGACCUCAUGGGUCCACAUUCAUUAAAUAUUGUCACAAUUAACUGUGAUUCUCACAGGGGCAGAUUUGACGUGUAUUUCAACCACACCAUUUCCAGUAAAUCUUUCAGGAAGUGACAGAAAUGGGAGCGUGCACGGAAGGUGCAAGCUACCCCCUGCCAGAGUAGGUUUGCCAGUCUCCUGCUUUCACUGGUAGAUGUAUACUUAGUGCAGAUGUUCUUGCUCUAAUGUGCUCUUGGUCAGCACUUUGUCACUCUAGCACUAUUGCAUCUUUGCAUCAUGAAGCUAAAAAUCUGAUAACUAUCAGCCCAAACCCUGAUAAACUUCCUGGGACGAAUAUGAUUUUAUUCAGAGUGGUGAGUAAAAACGUUCUUAAUUUCUCUUCCUAGAGAAGUAAAGUUUUUGUAUGUGUGACUUUUAGUGGUUUGGGAUCCCUAUUUAGUGAAAGGAAACCAGUAACAUUUCAUUGGCAUACUAAUGUGUUAAGAGCAACUAAGUGAAAUGGUAGUUGAAAGAUCCAGUAUAGCAGUGGGGUAUCGUCCCAUGAUUUUUAAACAGGUGGCAGCUCUUUUAUAGCAUGAUGAGGUAUUUCUGCCACAGUGCAGGGUAACAGAGGAACUUUCUUGGUAACAGCCUCCCAAAUUCAAAGUGGUUUCACCUUGUGUUAAAUUCAGCUUUCUUCCUUUGAAUGGGCCUUCUGUCCCCUUAUCUAUGACAUUUUACCCACAUGCUUUUUUUCUGCCCUUCCAAGACUCCAUAGGUUCAUCAUUAAGCAAAAGAAAAACAAGUUUACACUUAAACUCUUUCCCCUGCAUAAGUAGAUUCAGGAAAUUUAACAGCAUUGAAGAUGCUGGCACUAUGGAAACAGAACUGGAGGCCAACACUUUCCAGCAAAGACCGAGAAUGCAAACUUUGCUAAUGACACUUUGAAGUGUUUUGAUUAUGCUUUUAAACAAACAAAAUGAAACGUUUCGCUAUCUCUUGUACUUUGAGUGCAUGCUUUUUUAUAGGAAAAACAAAAACCCUUCUGUGUAAUUUCGUAAAUGGAUUUUGAGUAUUUGCUGAAAUGGAUCUUUAUGUAAUAUCUAAAAAUAUCAACUGUUUGGGGGGUUGUGGCUGAUUUUUAAUGAAGUUGGGGUGGGGCUUAAUAUGUUAUUGUUUACAUAUGGAGUUGACUUUGUGAUGAAUUGUUAUUGAAAGUGCAAGAGUGUAUGAGAAGGUAGAGGUGGAGGAAAGAUUUCUGAUGUGUGUUUUUGGCAAACCUCAUAGGAGAGCGCUAUACCAUAACAGGACUGCUUGUUAUACAGUUUCUGUGUUCCAUGGAAGGUAUGAUCAUCAAAACUGGACAUUCUAACAGAAUUCAAGGGAGAGUGAGGAUGUUCCUCAGCUGGGAUCAAGGGACAGUGUCUGCUUUAAAGGAACAUCAGUGUCAGCUCAAAGGAACACAAAAAUGGAUCCUUCUCAAGCUUGUGCAUUUUUAUAGAUGAUAAUCUGGUAGCUGCUUUGUCUCUGAUGUCACUGUUGUGUCAUUUUGAUGACAUAUAUGGAGGGCUGAAAGAUUUCUAUUUUUGGCAUCACCUUCUUGCCUUCCAGUAGGGGUAUUAGGAGUGUGAUGGCUAUUGUUGUUGGCAGUCUUUCUGUUUCUCAUUCCCUUUUAUUUUUACCAAUUUUAGCAGUCUUUUUGAUGUGAGAUUAACUACAGUGCACUUCAACUUGGACUACAAGAGGAAUUUAUAAAUGGCACUUUGUUCAUUUGCAUGAUACUUAACUUUAUAAACUAUAUGUACUUCAAAGCAAACAGAAUACUUGCUUGAGGACAAUAAUAACAAAAAAAGGGGUAUACUCUGUAUAAAUUCUGGAUAGUGUAAUUUUGCCUUUCCUGUGGUUUGAACUGCUUAGCUUUCCAUCUUAAAAGGGUGGACAUAUGCCAGUAUAGAACCAUGUUUGCAUAGUGCAGAUGUUUGCAAAUUUCCCACUGGAGCUGAGGGGAAGAAACUGCAAUACUUAAUGGGAUUCAGCAGACCCAAACAUGAGUUUACUGUUUACUUGGGAUGAAGUAUAAAUAUGCCAGUUACAAGUCUGUAAUCCCCAAAAGUGGAUAUAAAAAGAGUAACACGUCUGGAUCACUGGAGCUAUGUUAAUGCUCAGUGAAUUUAAAGAGAAUUACAUUGGCAGGCCAACAUGUCACAUGCUCUAUGCUCUUUUUUUUAA